AUGCCACAGUUUUGCUCCCAUUAUCUUUCACAGUGUUUCAAGCGGGCGCUGCCGGGAAGCACUCCAAAAGGAAGGCAGGCGGCUCCAGCCCUCGUUCUGGGAGCAGCCUCCCCAGAAUGGCGCCAUUUCCCCACAGCACCGCGCCUCCACCACACCGCGUCCCACGGCGAGGCGGCCCCGCUCGGCUCUCCCGCCUCCCCGCCCACCAGCCCGGCGAACAGCGCGCCAAGCCAGCCUCCCGGGCACGGGCCACCGUCCAACUUCAAACUGCCCGGGGGCUCGGGAGAGUAUGCCGGGACGGGCGACACGCCAGCCCGCCGCCCGGGCCCGCGCUCUGACCCUCAGGCAACAGCCGCACUGCCCCGCCCCAGCGGCUCGGCAGCAGCGGAACGACCUAGCGCCGCCGCCGCCCGCUGCCGCCGCCCGGUCCCCCCCCCGCCAGUUAGGCUCUCCCGGAAAGCUUCUCUUUCCGGUCCGCCACAGCUGUUCGCUUCCGGUUCCGUGCCCCCAACAUGGCGGCGGCCCCUGCGCCCAGCGGGCUCUGAUCGCUGCCGAGCCCCCUCGGUGGAGCCGCCGCCGCCCGCCCCAGCGCCGGGGCCCUCGCCCGCCUGCGCCUCUGGCCUCCCCGUUUCCUCGGUGCGGGGCGAGUCGGGCCGGGUGCUGGUGCGGCUGGGAGCGCCGGCCACCCCGGGCUGCCGAGCGGUUCCUGCCCGGGGUUGA